CAAAGCGACAGCGCCUGCCCUUGCACCAGUGCACGACCGGCCGCAUCGGCGUCUCCACACCCAAAGCGCGUCGUCUCGUUUGCCACGGCGCCUCGUUUUCGCCGGCUCCGCUCGUCCCUGCGGCUCUCUGCCUAUAUCAACCUCCCUUGACCACCCAUUUCAUCGUCGCACUCUCGUUACACCCGUGCUUGGGCAGUCUAUUUUGUCCAGUGAGAUCGAUGCGCCUGACCUGUGCUCUGAACUAGGAAGCCGCAGGAGAACUGAUGGCCGAGAUCGACACUAGACCAUUAGAAUCCGUGCAGGCCGCCGUGGGCAUCUUCGACCGGGGAGGCGACCAGAGCAGGCUCAUCAGUCCGGACACAAAUGAGGAAGAGAUCGCCAUCCUGACCAAGGAGCUCGCGGCCUGCAAGCUGCAGCUGGAGGUCCGAGAGAGCCAGCACAAGCAAGCGGCCCUGGAGAUCGAGGCCCUCGAGAAGGCCGUGCGGGACCUCUCGGACCAGUACGAGAGAGACCGCGCGCGCAUCGCCCAGCUCGAGGCCGAGAACGCAGCGAUCGCGAGCCGGCAGGCGGCGGCGGACGGCGAGCGCGGGGCCAUGCGGGACGAGCUGGCCGCCGCGAGGGCCGAGCUCGGCGAGGCCAGGGCGUCGGUCGCCUUCGUGCUGCGGGAGGUGGAGGCGAUGGAGACGAGGGCCAUCCUGGAGCGGGAGAGCACCAGGGACGCGCUGGCGCGGAUCCUCCGGCUCAACGAGACGGUGCUGUCGUCGGCGGUCGCCGCAAUCAGGGCGGAGGAGGAGAGGUCGUUGUUCUUCCAGGAGGCGACGCUCGAGUUCUUUAACUCUGACAGGAAUCUGGAGGUGGUGAGGAGGCAGGUGGAGAUGGCGGAGAGGAUGGAGGAGGAGCUGCUGGCGAAGACGGUGGAGAUCGAGUACCUGCGGUCGGAGCUCCAGCAGGUGAAGGAGAUUUACGUGUUGCCUGCAGAAAGUUCUGAUGCGACAACGGUGAUAACAGCUGCUGCUGGCUGCAACAAUUUUGAUGAACAUGAUCAGGUGCAGGCAUGUGAAUUAGGAGUGAGAGAUACUGAAGCGCAAACGGAAUUCACGUUUCAGCACUCUGCGGAAGAAUGCUUUGUUUCUGAAAUCUUCAGAAAUGAUGGCCAUGUUACAACGUGUGAUGAAACCAAGAUGGAAAUCGAGGUAUCCGAGGAUGUAGCAGAGGAUAAGCAAGGAGCAGACGUUAUGGUUCAGGACACGACAGUCCUUGAAGGGAACUCCGAUGAUCAAGGGACAAGUUGUCUUGACGCUGAGAUCUCUGGAGAAGAUCACAAUGCCAUUCAAUCAGACAGCAGAAAUAUUUUAGCUGAAAACAAUCAAGAACCAGCUGAAACAGAUAGCGUGCUUCCAAACUCCACGGCGUGCCAAGGUAACGAUCUCCACCUGCAACAUCACGAGGAGGCCAAAGCAGACGCCAGCUUUGUCCUCGAGAGCUCGAGGGACGAUUUCCAGAGCGUGCACUCUGACGCCAAGGACACCAGCAUCGCCGAGCCUGGAAACGUCGCGAUCGUAGAAACCCAAGAACAGCGAGCAGAAGCCGCCGCAGCUCCGACCUCCACGCCGCGCGAAGGCAACCCAGACACUUGCGUCGUUGCCACGGAGAUCGUCUCCAAUCACGAUGACGAGUUCUACACGAAGGAGCUGGAGCCCGAGCGGGGGCAGGGAGGAAGCAAGCUUGACGGGUACGUGCUCGUGUCGAAGAGCGGCGACGGGGACGUCGCGGCCAGGGACAAGCAGCUGGACGCGGCGCGCGCGGAGAUCAGCGACCUGCGGUUCAGCCUCGAGGAGGCGGUGCGGCGGGCGGAGCUAGCCGAGGAGGCGAAGGCGGCGCUGGAGCGGGAGCUGAGGGAGGAGCUCCGGAGGAAGCAGCAGCAUACCCCCUUGCGGCGGCGUGCGCCGUCGGAUUCGGAGGACGGCGGGCGCCCGGCGGCCCUCGAGGGGGCUCCUCUGACGCCCGCGCGGACGCGGUCGACGCCGCCUCACGCGCCUUCUGGGACGACGCCGUCCACCGGGGCGCUGAGAAACGCACGGCCGGGAGGGGAGGACAUGCCGACGCCGCGCGGCUUGACGCUGGGAAAGGUGCUGAACAUGAAGUACAAGUGAAUGUUUCCAUUCCCCAGAGGUUUUGUUCUGUAGAAAUGGCUGCUGAUCCCUGUUGAGUGUUGAAGGUUCACGACUCCAUGCAUACUCAACAGUGCUUUUCCAUUGCAGGAUUAAUGUAAUUGGAAUUGUUCUAUGUGUUUGAUCCUCCGGCGGUGAAUAUAUAUAUUGUAGCACUAAAUUAAUUGGUUGCUUGCUAUCUGAUGGUGAAUAUAUACAUUGCAGUGUAGGCAUCUAGCUAUCCAAUAAUUA